GUCGAUGGCAAUGUGAACCGGAAAAACAAUGUUGACGUGAACGUGACGCAAAGGUCAGGAUCUCUCUCUCUCAGCCAUCUUGGACCCCGAGCUCGAAGCUACCAACAAUGCCAGGUGAAGCCACAGAAACUGUCCCAGUGACGGAGCAGGAGAUGCAGCAGCCCCAAGUGGAGACGGCUGCUGCUGUUUCAGUUCCUGCCGGCUCUCAGCCAAAAACUAAAGGGGCUAAGGCUGGCUCAUCUCAACACACCACUGCCCCCAAGCCUGUUCCUGUGGGCCGCAGAAAGCGCUCCUCGCUUUCUGCUACUUCCUCUUCUCCCACUUCACCCAAAUCAGCCUCUGGCUCUCGAGCCACCCCAACUUGUUCUCCACUAGCAUCUCCUUCAGCUCAGUCUCCAGGUGUAGGCAAACAUGAGACCACUGUUCCUAAGGUCGUGAAGGCUGGUAAACAGGCAAAAUCCAAGAAAGCAGAUUUUAAAAAUCUUGAACCCCAGCAGGUGACUCUUCCUUCUGCUGGACCCUCAGAGGCUAAAACGGCACAUGAGUCUUCUCCAAUCUCUCCCAUGGUGGCCACUCUACCAUUAGAGGGUGCAGCUCCUGCUGCAGUGUGUCCUCAUGCUCCUGCCAAAGUAGCCACCUCUCCCAAGGUGGCUAAUCUAGAGGGUGCAGCUCCUGCUGCAGUGUGUCCUCAUGCUCCUGCCAAAGUAGCCACCUCUCCCAAGGUGGCUAAUCUACCAGUAGAGGGUGCAGCUCCUGCUUUAGUGUGUCCUCAUGCUCCUGCCAUAGCACCAGUACAGGCAGAACAUGUAAAAGGUGCGGGCCCUACAGCCACAUCUCAAUCUACUACUGCUUCUCCAGUAAAGGGAAAAGAAAAGAAUAGUUCAGCUGCUGCUGCCCCAGUGAAUGCUGAAGCACCAGCUUCAGUGCAAACAAAACUAGAGAAAGUUGAAGCAACUACCUCAGCUUCAGUGGAGGUUAAACCAAAAAAAGGUGCAGGCCCUACGGCAGCAUCUCCUAAAGGUAGUAAUGUUGCUGCAGGGAAGGCAAAACAGAAGGGUGCUGCAGCUUCCCCUGUGAAAACUGAAGCACCAGCCUUGGCACAAGAUGUCCCAGCUCCAGUGAAGGGUAAAGCAGCUGCCCCAGUCACACCUUCAGUUGAUGUGAUAAAGGUAAAAGGUGCUCAACCUGCAUCAGCCUUAGCUAAGAAUGGUGUCCAAACUCCAGUGGAGGCCAAAAAAGUGAAGGGUGAAGCAGCCGCACCAACCUUAGCUAAAGAUAUUGUCCCAACUCCAGUGGAUGCAAAACCAGUGAAGGGUGAAGCAGCAGCCCCAGCCACACCUUCAGUUGAUGUGAUAAAGGUAAAAGGUGCUCAACCUGCACCAGCCUUAGCUAAGGAUGUUGCCCCAGUGCCAAUAGAGCCCAAACGAGUGCAGGGUGAAGCAGCUGCCCCAGUCACACCUUCAGUUGAUGUAGUGAAGGUGAAAGGUGCUGCACCUGCACCAGCCACUUCUGAUGUGGCUGCCCCAGCUAAAGGGGGUACAAAAACAGGAAGUGUAACGCCCACUCCAGUAUCUCCUAAAUCUACUGUAGCUCCCGAGGCUUUUAAAGUACUUUCCAAGUCAGUUCAUGUGCCUAAAUCGUACUCGGAGGUUGUGGCAGGUAGCCCACCUAAAGUGCCAGAUGUGCCAAAAGUUUUUCAUGAGGCCCCAGCAGCACCCAAGGGGGUCGAAGUCACGAAGGUUCCUACAGUUGUUCCAGAAACCCCUAAGACUACUGAAGUGCCCAAAGCAGCCCCUGAGAAUCUAAAGGCACAGCCUAUACCUGCUUUAUCACCAGAUAAGAAAAAAGAGAAAUCAGCUCCAGCUGCUGCUUCAAAAGGAAAAGCAGAAACCCCCCAAAAGAAGCCUAGUGUUGCUCUGUCUACUGGUUUUGCAGCACCUCCUCCCCAGGCUUCCAUUUCACCCCUGGGAGAGGAGGAUGACCUCCCUCCACUUAUUCCACCCGAGAAGCCUACCAUAGUACCUGCUUUCCAACCCCAACCUGUGGCUGAGGCUCCACCAAAAGUAGAUCCUGUAGUUAAAGCUGUUGUGCCUCCGACUGGUCCUAAAAUCAGUGUAACCCCUUCUCAACCUACACCUGUUAAAGCUGCAUCCAACCUGGAACCAGUCAUCAAGAAUGACAAGGGGUCCGGCACUGAAUCAGACAGUGAUGAAUCUGUUCCUGAACUCGAGGAGCAGGAUUCUGCACAGACACAGACACAACAGGCACAGCUUGCAGCUGCUGCUGAAAUUGAUGAGGAACCUGUCAGUAAAGCCAAACAAAGCAGAAGUGAAAAGAAAGCAAGAAAGGCAAUGUCAAAACUGGGUCUGAGACAAGUGACAGGAGUUACCAGGGUAACCAUUCGCAAAUCUAAGAACAUUUUGUUUGUCAUCACCAAACCAGACGUCUACAAAAGCCCCGCUUCAGACACUUACAUUGUCUUCGGAGAGGCUAAGAUCGAGGACUUGUCCCAGCAAGCUCAGUUGGCUGCUGCAGAGAAGUUCAAGGUCCAGGGAGAAGCAGCAUCAAACAUCCAAGAAAGCACACAGACGCCCACAGUACACGAGGAAAGCGAAGAAGAGGAGGUUGAUGAGACCGGAGUAGAGGUUAAGGACAUUGAGCUGGUCAUGUCUCAAGCCAACGUUUCACGGGCAAAGGCUGUUCGUGCACUGAAGAAUAACAACAACGACAUUGUCAAUGCCAUUAUGGAAUUGACGAUGUAGGUGGAUAUCAGAGCAGGGCAGAAAGAUGUUGCUGAAUUAAUCUACACUAUUUGUACAAUUUAUACCCAAAAGAAAUAAAGUUGUGGCUUGAUGGC